AUGCUGCUGCUGGCGACGGUGGCGCUGGCGCUGGCGGCGGCGGCGGAGGCGGCUGCCCCCACCCUCAUGCCAGCCCCACACGACGUGCUGCCGCCCGACUUCUUCCAGCGGGAAAGAAUAAAUGCCAGAGUGUUUAUAUGGCCAGACAACGUGACGCUGACGCUGUCGCUGGGGAAGGCGUACGAGAUCACGUACGUGAGCCUGCAGUUCUGCCCGCGCGCGCCGCCGCCCGAGUCGCUGGCCAUCUUCAAGAGCGCCGACUUCGGAGAGACGUGGCAGCCCUUCCAGUUCUACUCGGCCGAGUGCCGCAAGGUAUACGGCCGGCCGAACCGCGCCACCAUCACCAAGGCCAACGAGCAGGAGGCGCUGUGCACGGACGCGCACCGCCUCAGCGGCGCCGGGGGCGGCGGGGCGCGCGUCGCCUUCUCCACGCUGGAGGGCCGGCCCUCCGCCGCCGACCUCGACCACAGCCCCGUGCUGCAGGACUGGGUCACCGCCACCGACAUCAAGGUGCGCCCUACUCAGCCCGGCGCCCACCUGCCUUGCGCCGCUCGCAAAGGAAUCGGGCGCGGGUUUAAGCUCCGGACGUUUUAA